GGGGAUUUAUAAGGGGCAGCUUCUGACGGCAGUAGGGAGAGAUCCCAAUGAAUAUAUCUACCCCAUCGCCUUUGCAUUUGUCGAGAUUGAAAAGUAUGAGACGUGGGAUUGGUUCUUGGAGCGUUUGCUGAGGGAUUUGGGUGAUUCUAGAACCGGGGAAUGGUCCUUUAUAUCCGAUCGUCAAAAAGGAUUGGUGGAGGCGAUUGCAGAACGAGCGCCGUGAGCAGAACAUCGUUUCUGUUUGCAUCAUAUGUACAACAACUUCAAAGUGCGGUUUAAGCGAUUGGAAUUGAAGCGUCUUUUCUGGAAGGCAUCGCCGACAUUAAUUUGAAGGAGCAUGAGAAAGUGAUGCGACAGAUUAGGAGGUACGAUGUAGCAACCGGGACCGGAGAAGCUGCUUAUGCAUGGUUGAGUGAGAUCCCACAGCAGCACUGGGCACGGGCCUUUUUUUGGGUACAAACAAAGAGCGACGUACUCGUGAACAACAUGUGUGAGUCCUUUAAUUGGUACAUUUUGAAGGCACGGGACCUACCUAUAAUUGAUAUGUUCGAGUGGAUACGACAAAGGUUGAUGGUUUGAAUUCAAACGAAAAAGGCGGGGAUUGAAAAAUUUGAGGGAAUUGUGUGCCCUAAUGUCAUGAAAAAGGUAGAGCUGGUGCGGAAGGCUAGCCGUAACUGUUUUCCAUCAUGGGGCGGCGACAACAAGUAAGAAGUUACGCACUUCACGCAGAACCAUGUUGUCGUGUUGAACCAGCAUAUGUGCACCUAUGGCAUGUUCCAAAUUAGCGGAUAUCCUUGUUGCUAUAGAGUGGCCGCGAUCGAGUACCAGCGACUUGCGGUGGAAAAUUUCAUAGAUGUCUGCUUCAAAAAAGAAACGUACAUGGCAGUAUACACCCAUGCGAUAAACCCCGUCCCUGGAAUACAUAAGUAUGAAGAAUCCAUGCUUGGGGAGGUGGCGCCCCCGGUCGUGAAGGUUCGCACUGGGCGUCCAAAAGAAGCUCGUCGGCGCGACGGUAAUGAUGAGAGGAAGGACGGUAAAGCAUCUCGACAUGGAUUGAGGACUCCUUGUUCCAAAUGCCAUCAACAAGGGCACAACAGACGGAGUUGCAAAAAUGAUCCGCCGCUCCAUAACGUGGUUCUUGAACUUAUGAAGUGCUCUUUAUUUUUCCGUUUAUGUUGUAUUGGUUCUUACCCGAAAGUGUUUACUUGUAGAAUACGUCAACGAAAGAUCCCAUCAAUCGGCCGGACAGACACUGCUCCCAAUCCGAACAGGUUGCCUCUAAUGUACAUCCGUCACCGGACUGCGCGCCAGCAACGCAGUCGUCUCAGGUGCAAUCGUCGGGUCCAUCGGGGACGACAGACGGAAAUGGGGGGAGUCGACAUGCAUCGUUGUCAUCGCUGCUCCGAAGUGUUCGAUUUUCACUCAGGACAGGGCGUCGGGGGCCUUCAGGUGGUGCAUCUUCCCGGGUUCGUUAGUGAGAUUCUAUCGAUGUCUAUUUUUUAUGCGUGAACGGGUACCCAGAGUAGUUUGUUAUCAUGUGUGUUUGUUAGUAUAGAACCAAUUAGCAUCGGACAAAGUUAUGCAAAUUACCCCCGACAUUUUGUGAAUCGGAUCGGGGAUAUUAUGUGGAUUGCUGUUGUCGGCAUUUUGUGAAUCGGAUCGGAGAAAUUAUGUGGAUUGCUGCUGUAUUUGCUGUUGUAUUUUAUGUAUAUUACCGUUUGGAUAUUUUGCUUUGUGCCUAA